AUGUUAUCUAGUGGAAUUCGAACGGUUUCGCGAUAUGGAACGCGUUCCAUAGCUUCCUUGUCUACUUUGGAGAAUGUGAAGGUAGUGGAUCUGGGUGAUGGGGUCACUCACGUUCAGUUAAACCGUCCGAAACGAAUGAAUGCAAUGACCUUUGGGCUUUGGGAGUAGGUUUAUUGGUCAUGUUAUGAUGUAAAAAUUAUGUCCACUACGAGAUUUGUAGGGAGGUUGCAAAGCACAUGUUUUAGUAUUACUUAAUCAGUGAUCCUUAUAGAUUUGUUCUGUUUUUUUAUUUUAUUUAAUGUUUUGUUGUACUGUGCAACCUUUCUUAUUUCUUUUGCACCGUGCAGAUUUUUAAAUUCUAUGUUUAUGAAUUUUAAUAUAAUCCUAUAUGAAAUUUAAUGUAAUUUAAGCAUGUCAAUUCAUUAUAAAUUUAAUUUUAUAUUUCAGUGACUUAAAGACAUCAUUUGACCAUCUGAACACUUGUUCAUCGACCAGGGCAGUGGUUUUGUCAGGAAACGGGCCGGCUUUUGGAGUUGGACUGGAUCUUAAGGAAGCUUUUGGGGUAAGUUGCGUUUGAUAUUGACCGGUAAAAACGUGGCACAGCAUUAUGUUUAACUACGCGUUGUUUUUUUAUACAAAAUUUCGAAUAACGUAUGGAUAACGUAAUUUUAAACUAGGAAAAAUAGGAUUUUUUGUAGUAUUUUGAAGUUUAAACCCUUUGAACUCUUUUGCUUUUUAUAUUAUGGGUUGAAAUUCUUAAUAUUCAUUUGAAAUUACAGUAUAUAUUACUAUUUAUUUAUUUGUUUGCUUGUUGAAUGAGACAGAUUACUUUUUUCAGCAACUUGUAGAAAUAGGAGCCAACAAAGACAAGGAUGUAAGCAGGAAAGCAUUUGAUCUUCUGAAAGCCAUAAGGAAAGCUCAGGACUCUUUCAUAGCAGUCACAGUAUGCAGAAAGCCUGUCAUUGCCGCGAUUCAUGGAUUUUGCAUUGGAGGAACGAUAAGUUUGGCAGGAAUGGCUGAUAUUCGAUAUGCAGAGAAGAGUACUGUCUUUAAUAUUAAGGUAAAAUACGAUGUAAAGGAUUCAGUAAUUAUUGCGUUAAAAACGGGAGUAAUUUUUUAAAAUUUUUAGUUAUUAGAAUUUUUAUCUUUAAAAUGAUAAGUUUUUUGGUUGACAUUUUUACUUUUCAGGAAGUUGAUGUAGGCCUGGCAGCUGAUGUUGGUAUUCUAAAUGUUAUAUCAAAAGCCACAGGAAAUGAUAGUUGGUGCAGAGAACUGGCUUUCACUGCAAGGGAUUUCAAUGGUGUAGAAGGCUUAGAAAGAGGUAAUUUUUAUUGACUUUCAGCUGAACUGUUACCUAAUAUGUUAAAAAUUUGCCUAAAAUAUUACUUAAAAUUUUAUAAUUUGACUUAAACAUUACCUAAAAUAUUAUAAUUCGAUCGUUACUGUAAAAAGGUAAUGAAAAGUUUCAUUUUUUUUAAAUUUCGAGUAUUUUAGGAUUUGUGUCACGAGUAUUCGAUUCAAAACAAGACUGUCUGAACGGAGCUAUCGAUUUGGCUAGGUUCAUAGCAUCAAAGAGUCCAGUAGCAGUUCAAGGAUCUAAAAUUGCUAUGAAUUAUGCUAGAGAUCACGGUGUACAUGAGACAUUCGACUUUUUACAAAUUUGGAAUUCAGUCCACCUACAGUCGGAUGAUAUGCCGAAGAUAGCUGAAGCCAUGAUGAAGAAACAGAAACCCAAGUUCAGCGAUCUCUAA